CUCCCCCCACAAACUCAAAAUGGAAGCCCUAACGAGCUCUGCGAUACUCGUCGCCCAAGACCCCACCUCUUCGCCGACAAGCUCGCCUGGAUCGCAGCCGCUCCCCUCCUGCCCGCCGCCUCUCAACGCCUCACGCGCGCCAACCUCAACUCUCUCCUCGCCCUUGCUCGCUUCCUCUCGAAAUCUCCGGCGCCCUCCGCCGCCUCCCGCUCUCCUCUUCUUGAUUUCCUUCGUAAUGUCCCUCUCCUUCGUCCUUCUCUCUGGCCUCAAUCGUUCUCCCAGGAUCACGCCUCCUCUUUCCUGAACGAUCUCUUCAAGUAUCUCGCUGCUGCGUGUUCGAUUUCCCCCGAUCUCGUCACUGAGCUCCAAUCUUUCUUCGGCCAUACCCUUCUUCUGGCGGCGAGGCAGUACAUUGCCGAUGAUUCCGCUGCGUCGAAGGCGAUUGCGAAGGCGUUUCUGAGUGCAGUCGUCAACAAUUGCCCUCCGAUCCUCCCUGCCGAUGCUGAGACAGUGGUAGAGUGCCUUCUCGAUGGGGUCGCGGUGGCAGGGACCUCAUCGACGGAGAAUUCGGUGUCUUCAUCAUCGUGGGAUUCGAAGGGGAAGGGAAAAGAUGAGAGCGGGGAGGUGAUGGAUGACGGUUCCAGUGAGGCGGUGAGGGAUAAUGGGAGUGGGACCCCCAGGAGGAGCGUUUCGGACCAGGUGUUGACGCCGACAUUGAGUAGUCAGAGUUAUGUGGGAAGGUUUGAGGAGGAGGCGGUGGAGGUGCUGGAGAGGAUGGAAAUUGUGUUCCGGUUGGUCGUGGAUGUGCUCGAUCCAGGUGGGAAGAAUGUGGUGCUUCGGAAUUUGGAGGAGGUUCGGUUGACGGCUACUGCUCAGAUCAAGUCACUGUCGGCAUUUCUUAAGAUGCGAAGACGUGAUUUGAAAGAGCAGGGUUCACAGCUCAAAUCCAGAAUCCAUGCAAAGCUAGCUUGCUGUCAAGCAGCUACAGGUGUCCAAAUUAAGAGUCUCCUGUCUUUACAUUCAGAUGGAAAGACUGCCAAGGAUGCAUUACGUCGAACACUUGCCCUACUUUUAGAUGCGGCAGAAGCUUGUAUAUUCUCUUCCUGGCGGAAGCUGAAAAUUUGUGAGGAGUUGUUCAGUGCGUUGCUGAACGGAAUCAGUCAAAUAACGGUCUCUCGUGGGGGCCAGCUGCUACGUGUUUUGCUUAUUCCAUUGAAGCCACUUGUAAACUACACAUGUGCGCAGGCCGACAUAUUGGGUGACAGCCAGGGAGCAAUGUUUGAGGCUGUUGCAAAGCUAAGUUGUGAAAUAAUUGAAUUUGGUUGGAGCAAGGAUAGGGCUUUAGUUGAUACUUUUAUCAUGGGGUUAGCUUCGUGCAUUCGUGAGCGGAAUGAUUACGAGGAGCAGGAUGGAAAAGAAAAACAAGCUGUUCCCGUUGUGCAGUUGAAUCUUAUACGCCUGCUGGCUACUUUGAGCGUUUCUGUUAAUAAGCGGGAAGUUGUGGACAUGAUUUUGCCCCUAUUCAUUGAAAGCCUGGAAGAGGGUGAUGCUGCAGUUCCAAGCCUAUUGCGACUCCGACUACUUGAUGCAAUAUCACAGAUGGCUUCUUUGGGUUUUGAGAAGUCUUACCGUGAGACGGUUGUUCUGAUGACAAGGAGCUAUAUGGACAAAAUUAAAAAUGUAGGUUCUGGGGAAAGCCAAACUGUACUCCCUGAAGCUCUUACAGAGCGUGUGGAGACGCUUCCUGCGGGUUUCCUUCUGGUAGCUUCACACCUUACUAGCUCGAUGCUCAGAGUUGACUACCGUCACCGGCUAUUAUCUUUAUGCUCUGAUGUGGGAUUAGCUGCUGAAUCAAAAAGUGGCAGGAGUGGUGCUGACUUCCUAGGCCCAUUACUUCCUGCUGUGGCUGAAAUUUGUUCUGAUUUUGACCCUGCUUCCAAUGUUGAGCCUUCACUCUUAAAGCUGUUUCGUAACCUUUGGUUCUAUAUUGUUUUGUUUGGGUUGGCACCACCUGUUCAACAAAAUAAACUUCCAACUAAACCAAUUUCUACUUCACUUAGUAGUACCGGAAGCAUCACUGGUGCAACUCUUCAAGCUGUCUCUGGACCAUACAUGUGGAACAACCAAUGGUCUGUAGCUGUUCAACGUAUAGCAUUGGGAACACCACCCCUAGUAGUAAGCUCGGUCAAAUGGCUUGAAGAUGAAUUGGAACUGAAUGCUUUACACAACCCUGGCAGUAAGAGAGGCAGUGGCAAUGAGAAGGCUGCUGUAGGGCAGAGAGUUGCACUUUCUGCUGCUUUAGGAGGUCGAGUUGAUGUGUCUGCAAUGAGUACAAUUUCAGGCGUGAAAGCUACCUAUCUCCUGGCUGUUGCCUUUUUGGAGAUGAUACGCUUUAGUUCUAAUGGUGGGAUACUCUCUGCUGGAUCCCCUUCAGUGGCAGAAAGAAGCGCCUUCAGUUGUGUGUUUGAAUAUCUAACCACUCCUAGCCUAAUGCCUGCAGUUGUUCAGUGCUUAACAGCAAUUGUCUAUAGGGCUUUUGAAACGUCAGUAGCCUGGAUGGAAGAAAGAACAUCUGAUACCGGAAAAGAAGCUGACAGAAGGGACUUGAUUCUUUCUACUCAUGUAUGCUUUCUAAUAAAAAACAUUUCUCAAAGGGAUGAACAUGUCCGUAACAUCUCUGUUAAUCUGUUAGCUCAGCUGAAGGAGAAAUUUCCCAAGGUUGGUAUUUACAUCUAUUUCAUUUAGGUUGUAACAUUGUCUCUUUAUUAUAUAAAAGAUUAUGGGACAAAAAUGCAGAUCUUAUGGAAUUCUCGCUGCUUAGAUUCUCUACUUUUUGCUGCCACUAGUGAGUUGCCUUCUGCUCAAGUCCAUGAUCCUAAUUGGGUCGGCACUGUCCGUUCUUUGUACCAAAAGAUUGUACGGGAAUGGAUCACUAACGCAUUUUCAUAUGCUCCAUGCACGGCACAAGGUCUGCUACAGGAAAACCUUUGCAAGCUAAAUCCAUCACAGAAAUUAGUUAUGGAUUCAAUUUUUUCUGAGACACGUAUUUGUAUGGGCAAGAAUGAUUGUUGGAGUGGUAUUAGGACAGCUAAUAUUCCUGCGGUUGUCGAUUCAGCUGCGGCAGCAUCAGGAGCAAUGAAGGAAGUAUUAGAGGGUUCUACCUUAGGGUCUACAGCUUCAGCGAGUGCCUCAGUGAAGUGUAAUCGCGCUGUAGAGAUUGCUGGUGUGAGAAAAUUGUACAACAAUAUUGGUGGAUUACAAAUGGGCAUUUCACCCGUUGGUUUUGGUGGUGGCCCUGGUGCUGGCGUUCCAUCACACCAGUCACUCGAUGAGAUGUUUUUAACAAGAUUCGUUCAACUUCUUCAACAAUUCGUUAGUACCGCUGAAAAAGGUGAAGCUGUGGAUAAAUCCUUAUUCCGUGAAAAUUGUUCUCAGGCUACGGCAUUACUUCUCUCACACAUGGAUGAUGAGUCAGAAGUAAAGUUGGAUGGAUUUUCACAGUUACUGCGGCUUCUUUGUUGGUGCCCUGCUUAUAUUUUAACACCUGAUGCAAUGGAAACAGGAAUAUUUGUUUGGACAUGGCUAGUUUCUUCAGCUCCUUCCUUGGGGGCUCUUGUACUUGCAGAGCUUGUUGAUGCAUGGUUGUGGACAAUAGAUACAAAGCGUGGCUUAUUUGCAUCAGGUACGAGGUAUUCAGGUCCUGCUGCAAAAUUGAGGCCCCAUCUUGUCCCUGGAGAGCCAGAAAUGCCGCCAGAAAAGGAUCCUGUUGAAGGACUUAUGGCUCAGAGACUUUGGCUUGGUUUUCUCAUUGACCGAUUUGAGGUAGUUCGACAUGACAGUGUUGAGCAACUUUUACUCCUAAGUAGAAUGUUACAAGGAACCAUGAAAUCCCCAUCACAUUUUUCUUGUCAUCCUGCCGCUGCUGGCACCUUCUUUACCGCAAUGCUUCUUGGUUUGAAGUUCUGUUCAUCUCAAGCACAGAGUAAUCUACAGGACUGCAGAAUAGGGCUUCAUCUGUUAGAGGACCGGGUCUAUCGUGCUGCAUUGGGAUGGUUCGCUUAUGAGCCAGAGUGGUUUGAAGGAAAUAUUAAAAGCUUCGCUCAGAGUGAAGCUCAGUCAGUUUCCAUAUUUGUACAUCAUCUAUUAAGUGAGCGAACUGAUGCCACUCUACUUGAUUCAUCUUUAAGAGGUCGUGGACGUGAAAGUGAUUUGAGAAACAUGGCUGAUGCGUGUCACCCUGUUUGGGGCCAGCUGGACAACUAUGCCGUUGGACGCGAAAAAAGAAAACAAUUGCUUACAAUGCUUUGUCAGCAUGAGGCUGAUAGACUUGAAGUCUGGGCACAGCCUUUGAAUAAAGAAAACACAUUAUUUCGUUGUACUAAAAUUGGAUCAGAUAAAUGGGUUGAACAUGUAAGAACUGCAUUUUCUGUGGAUCCUCGCAUUGCGCUUGCCUUGACGUCAAGAUUCCCUACAAAUUCAUCUGUUAUUGCGGAAGUAACUCAUUUGGUUCAGAUGCAUAUAUUAGAGAUCCGGACUAUACCCCAAGCUCUACCAUUUUUUGUAACUCCAAAGAUAGUUGAAGAAAAUUCAGUGUUACUACAGCAAUUGCCACAUUGGGCGCCUUGUUCCAUUACUCAAGCUCUUGAAUUCUUAAGUCCUGCAUAUAAGGGCCAUCCACGUGUCAUGGCAUAUGUCCUUAGGGUUUUGGAGUCGUAUCCUCCUGAACGAGUAUUAUUUUUUAUGCCGCAACUUGUGCAGGCUCUCCGCUAUGAUGAAGGGAAGUUAGUGGAAAGAUACUUGCUUGAAGCUGCUCAUAGAAGUAAUUUAUUUGCUCAUAUUUUGAUAUGGCAUCUUCAGGGUGAAUCUUCUCCUGAAGAAUCUGAGAAUGAUGGGACUCUUCUCAAGAUCAAUUCCUUUCAAGCAAUGCUCCCUGUCCUCAGGCAAAAGAUCAUUGAUAGUUUCACUCCUGAAGCUCGUGAUCUAUUUCAAAGGCAAUUUGACUUUUUCAACAAAGUCACAAAUAUUUCUGGUGUUCUUUUUCAAGAAUUAUUCUCUUUUUUUAUUGAUAUGCUCAGGGAACUGGAGAAGAUCAGUGUGGAUGGUGAUGAUCUUUACUUACCUACCGCGCCAAACAGACUGGUUCGAGGCAUUUUGGUGGACAGCGGGAUUCCCCUUCAGUCUGCUGCAAAAGUUCCUAUUUUGGUGAAGUUUUAUGUAGUUGAUAAAGAUGGAGAUCCUAACAAUGUACAGCCGCAAGGUCUCAUUUUCAAGGUUGGAGAUGAUGUCAGGCAAGAUGCACUGGCACUACAAGUGAUCUCUCUACUAAAGGACAUAUUUGUUGCUGUAGGAAUAAAUCUUUAUCUAUACCCUUAUGGCGCUUUACCAACUGGCUAUGAGAGAGGCAUAAUUGAGCUUGUUCCUGAGACUCGGAGCAGAAGCCAAAUGGGCGAAAAUUAUGAUGGCGGUUUAUAUGAGAUUUUUCAACAAGACUUUGGGCCUGUAGGCUCUCCUGGUUUCGAAGCUGCACGUGAGAUGUUUAUUGUUAGCAGUGCUGGUUAUGCCGUUGCUAGCCUUUUACUUCAACCAAAAGAUCGGCAUAAUGGCAAUCUUCUAUUUGACAAUUUGGGAAGGCUAGUUCACAUAGAUUUUGGGUUUAUACUGGAGACAUCACCUGGAGGCAACAUGAGGUUUGAAAGUGCGCAUUUCAAGUUGAGCCAUGAGAUGACUCAGUUACUUGACCCUUCUGGUUCAAUGAAGAGUGACACAUGGAUCCAAUUUGUCAGUUUGUGCGUGAAAGGAUACCUUGCAGCACGGCGGCAUAUGAAUGGGAUAAUAAGUACCGUACUUUUAAUGGUUGACAGUGGACUUCCUUGCUUUAGUAGGGGCGACGCCAUUGGAAAUCUCCGGAAAAGAUUUCAUCCUGAGAUGAAUGAGCGCGAAGCUGCGAAUUUCAUGAUUCGGACCUGCAUGGAUGCCUACAACAAGUGGACAACUGCUGGUUAUGACUUGAUACAGUAUCUACAGCAAGGAAUCGAGAAAUAGAAGAGAUUCUUUUACUAAUUUUUUGUUUACCCUGCUUGUCGUGUAAUUAUCAUUCUAUAUGCUUCAGAU